AUGUCGCCACCAGUGCAACGCCAAGUCCGAUUCGAUAUUCCAAUGGAUACCAAUGAGGAAUCUCAAUACAAUGGUGAAUCUAGAUCACCGACAUCCAAUGCCGCUGUGGGUAACACAGACUUCAGCAUUCUAUUUUGGCUUGGUGCGCCACUGCCACCGCCACUGCCACCACCGCCGCCGAGGUUUAACUUCGGCAUGGACAUCCCCAUGUUGGCGGUGGAAUCCGCAUCUCCCACAAUACAGCAGCCAUUGAAUGUGGGAUUUCAACUUCCCAUCCAAGCAAAAACUCCACCGCCGUCCUCCACUCACCAGCCAUUCAAUUUGGGGUUUCAGCUCCCACCUCCCUCCACCCCGGCCCAAGCGGCACUACCUGCCGGCCCAGUCCAACAGCCGUUUAAUUUGGGCUUUCAGCUCACCGCUUCCUCCACCCCGCCCCAAGCAGAACUACCUGCCGGCCCAGUCAACAAGCCGUUGAAUUUGGGCUUUCAGCUCACCCCUUCCCCCACCUCGCUCCAAGCAGAACUACCUGCCAGCCCAGUCAACAAGCUGUUUAAUUUGGGCUUUCAACUCACCCCCUUCCCCCACCCCUGCCCCAAGCAGAACUACCUGCUGGCCCAGUCCAACAGCCAUUUAACCUUGGCUUCCAACUCCCCAUCCCCAUCAACCACACACCGGCGGCAGCAAACACUGCUCCGGCAUUUAACUUGGGGUUCGAUCUCCCCAUCCCGGCGACCCAGACACCAGAGGAAGAAUCUGCUGCCAUGGUGCCGGCAGUACAAACCGCAGUCCGGCAUGUGGGCUAUGCCACCAACAACAGACAUGACGUUCCAGUUCAACUGUGAGCCUCUCUCACCCAUAGGAGAUUGGAAUCCGGUGCUGAUCCGAGCACCAUCGCCAAUUUACGCCGAUGGCCCAUCUGCUACCAUGCAGCCGGCACCUGUUUGCACCGCCUUUGGCAAUGCUGAGCAAGCGGCGAUCGACAUUGUCAGACACCUCCAAGGAGAGGAAUUUGAUCAAGUGGCGGCGAUGAUGGUUGGCGGGUCCUUAGGUGUUGGCGAGAGCAUCCGGGACCCUAAGCCCGAUGAGGUCUUGGACAGCAACCGGAUUCUGAUGUCGGCGUUCUGCAAAAACCGAGACAGGCUGACCAGGAUCUUCAAAGACAUGAUUAGCUUGCAUCAUAUGGCACAGGUCCAGGAUUGGGUCGCCCCAAUGGUGACUGCCCUAUUGGCUGAGGUGGAGAGAGCAGAGGAAUUGAUUUCCGACUCUGAUGAGUAG